UACAGAAACUGACAGUACCCACAGACAGAGAACAUCCAUCCAUCAGAAAAUGAUUCACCUCGAAAAAACUCCAUUUUCCUUCUCUUUCUAAUUCUUCCCCAGCUCAGACAUAAAGAAUGUCUUCUGCAUCUUCUUCUUCAUCUUCUUCAGGUGUUACAGAACCUCGAUUACCACCACAAGGUUCAUGGGAUUGUAUGUUACCAGGUCCACCAAGUCGUAACAAUGGCGGAUCUGCAGAUUGUAGUUCAAGUGGUCUUCUCGCAUAUGGUGCUGGUAGUAGUAUCACUAUCGUUGAUACUAAAUCAAUGCAACUCAUUACAGUUUUACCAAUGCCACCACCAUCUACUAAUCCAUUAACCCUAGCUCCGUUUGUUUCUUCAAUUCGUUGGACUCCACAGCCUUUACGUCGUGAUCUAUUAACUCAUGAACCUAACAAUUCUCAUCUGAUUUUAGCUGUUGGUGAUCGACAAGGGAGGAUUGCAUUGUGGGAUUUUCGACUUCAUCAAAUUCUUCUCUGGUUAGAUUUUGAUUCUGAUAAUAAGAAAUUAGGGAUUCAAGAUCUUUGUUGGAUUCGUUCUAAACCUGAUACUUGGAUUUUAGCUUCUAUUAAUGGUCCUUCACUUGUUUCGUUGUGGAAUACCAGUAGUGGGAGAUGUAUUUGGAAAUAUGAUGCUUCUCCUGAGUUUCUUUCUUGUAUUCGUCGUGAUCCGUUUGAUUUUAGGCAUUUUUGUGUUUUAGGUUUAAAAGGUUUUUUACUGUCUGUGAAAAUUUUGGGUGAUUUGGAAGAUGAUAUUGUGAUUAAUGAGUUUCAGAUUCCUACGUUUAAUGAUUUUAGUGAGUUACAGAGAUUAGAGAAAGAGACUUCUUCUUCGGCUGCUUCACCUGCAUUGGCUGUUUUUCCACUUCAUAAUGUGAAAUUUUGUUUUUCUCCUCAGUGGAGACAUAUUGUGUUUGUAACAUUUCCCAAAGAGUUCUUAGUGUUCGAUUUGAAGUAUAAAGCUACAUUGUUUUCGAUUGGGUUGCCUCGUGGACAUGGGAAGUUUAUGGAUGUUGCACCUGAUCCAGACGAUGAUUUAUUGUACUGUUCUCACCUUGAUGGGAAGCUUAGUACUUGGAGAAGGAAACAAGAAGAGCAGGCAUACACCAUGUGUGCAUCAGAAGAAUUGUUGCCAUCAAUUGGCACAUCUGUUCCUUCACCUGCCGUUCUUUCUGUCGUAGUUUGCCUAUCAGAAUCUACACUCCGAGGUCUCGCAAAUCUUUAUUCUGGUGUACCUACUGCCUCUUCGCCUGCUAUGGAUUCUGAGAUUCCCUUGGAUUCCUACAGUGAAUCAUAUCUUGGUUCUAACACCCAUUUGAUCUCCAUUACUGAUGAUGGGAAAGUAUGGGAUUGGCGCCUGACACUUGAAGGUACUGUAGAUACUCUUAACUUGGGUAAGAUUACUGAUAACAACGUGGUGGUAGAUCCGGAGACAAACAACGAGACAGAUUCGUCCGUCUCAGGACCUCUACACGAUGAAGUUAAACAAUCUGAGUCUGCAAAUAGCACUUUUAGUCGUCGAUUCAACUCAAAAUUUUACAUUGAAGAUUUGUUAAUCAAGGUUAGUUUAGUUGGUCAACUCCAUUUUCUGUCUUCAACAGUUACAGUGCUUGCCGUACCAUCCCCUUCUUUAACAGCUACUUUGGCUCGUGGUGGUAAUAGUCCUGCUAUAGCAGUUCCACUGGUUGCGUUAGGAACUCAAAAUGGGACCAUUGAUGUCAUUGAUGUUUCUGCCAACGCUGUAGCAGCAAGCUUUUCUGUUCAUAAUACUAUAAUUAGGGGAUUAAGGUGGCUUGGAAAUUCUCGUCUUGUUUCAUUCUCAUAUUUUCAGGUGAGUGAAAAAGCUGGUGGCUAUACAAAUAGACUUGUUGUGACAUGUAUUAGAAGUGGUCUUAAUCGACCAUUUCGUGUCUUACAAAAACCUGAACGUGCUCCAAUUAGAGCUUUGAGGGCUUCUUCAUCAGGAAGGUAUCUUCUUAUUUUGUUUCGUGAUGCUCCUGUGGAGGUCUGGGCUAUGACAAAGAACCCCAUUAUGCUUAGAUCAUUAGCUCUUCCAUUCACAGUGUUAGAGUGGACACUUCCAACAGCUCCAAAGCCAGUUCAAAAUGUGCCUGUUAAACAAUCAUCGUUUUCCUCCAAAGAUCGUGCAGUGUCUGAUUCACCUGCUGUAGCCUCCCCUACAAAAGCAGUUUCAGCAGAUCCUAAGGCCACGAGCUCAGAAGGAUCUACAGAUGAAAUUACUGAAAGUUUUUCAUUUGCACUAGUCAAUGGCGCACUUGGUGUAUUUGAGGUUCACGGUCGAAGGAUCCGAGACUUCAGACCCAAAUGGCCGUCCUCCUCAUUUGUUCCCUCAGAUGGAUUAGUUACUGCAAUGGCAUACCGUCUUCCUCAUGUAGUUAUGGGGGACAGGUCGGGGAACAUACGUUGGUGGGAUGUGACAACUGGGUUUUCUUCCUCAUUCAAUACUCACAGAGAAGGAAUCCGAAGGAUAAAAUUCUCACCUGUUGUUGUUGGUGACCGCAGUCGAGGGCGUAUUGCUGUACUAUUUUAUGAUAACACAUUUUCCAUAUUUGAUCUCGAUUCACAGGAUCCAUUAGCCAAUUCGCUUUUACAGCCUCAAUUUCCUGGGACCCUUGUACUGGAAUUGGAUUGGUUACCUCUGCGAACGGAGAAAAACGAACCACUGGUACUUUGCAUUGCUGGAGCUGACAGUAGUCUUCGGCUCAUUGAGAUCAAUAUUAAUGACAAAAAAUCUGGUCCGCUAUCCUUGCCUAGAGCUAUUAAAGAGAGAUUUCGACCUAUUCCCCUGUGCUCUCCUAUUUUACUACCUACCCCUCAUGCUCUGGCCCUGCGAAUGGUUUUGCAACUUGGUGUGAAGCCCACUUGGUUUAAUGGAGCUUAUAUAGAUGGGAGUGCUUCUGCGGUACCAAGGGCUGGUUCAUCCUCCAGAGACCUGCGCAGUUACAUGAUUGAGUCGCAACUUCCAACUGUUGGUGACUCCGUGGUGCCAGAAUUACUACUCAAAGUACUAGAACCAUAUAGAAAAGAAGGUUGCAUACUUGAUGAUGAGAGGGCAAGGCUGUAUGCUGCAGUAGUACAUAAAGGUGCUGCUAUGAGGUUUGCCUUUGCUGCAGCAAUCUUUGGUGAAGCAUCGGAAGCAUUGUUCUGGCUACAGUUACCGCGAGCACUUUCUCAUUUAAUUAACAAAUCAGCAAAUAAGUCCUCUCUGAAACCCUCUUUGUCGGCAAAUCCAGAUCUUGGUGACCUUUCUAUGCUCAGUAGGUUAACAUCUAAAGGAAAAUCAUUAUCAGGAAGGGCUACAAAGAAUAACAUGAGUUACGGCCGACUUAAGUUGAUGGCGUUUGAGCAGGAGGAGUUGUGGGAAUGUGCUAAUGAGUGUAUUCCUUGGCAUGAAAAAUUGGAGGGAGAAGAGUCCAUUCAGAACCGUGUACAUGAGCUUGUUUCAGUUGGAGACUUAGAAGCUGCAGUUAGUUUGCUACUUUCCACCCCUCCUGAAAGUUCGUAUUUCUAUGCCAAUGCUCUCCGUGCAGUUGCGCUAUCCUCUGCUGUGUCGAGGUCUCUACUUGAACUAGCUGUGAAGUUUGUUGCCGCUAACAUGGUUCAGACGGACAAGUCAUUAUCUGGAACACAUCUUCUCUGUGCCGUUGGAAGGCAUCAGGAAGCAUGCUCACAGCUACAAGAUGCUGGAUGCUGGACAGAUGCAGCUACUUUAGCUGCGACACAUUUGCAUGGAUCAGAUUAUGCAAGGGUGUUGCUGAGAUGGGCAGACCAGGUUCUCCAUGUUGAACACAAUAUUUGGAGGGCUUUAAUUUUGUACGUAGCAGCUGGUGCCAUGAAGGAGGCAUUAGCAGCUCUUCGUGAGUGGCAACAGGCAGAUACAGCCGCCAUGUUUUUACUCGCAUGCCACGAGAUCAAUGCAGAACUACUGGCCUCCAAGACAGAGAUUACGGACGAAGCAUCGGCAAACCCGCCUUCUCCCGUCACAGAGAAACUGUCCUUCGUCUUGCCACGAUUGGGUUCAGACCACGAAGAGGUAAUUGCUGUCAGUGAGUAUUUUGGGCAGUAUCAGAGAAAAUUAGUACAUCUUUGCAUGGAUUCCCAACCACUAUUCAAUUAAUGAUAGUAUGCUGUCAGUCGUCUUCCAUAAUUUGGUACCAGCAGUGUAGAGUCGUUUCGACACCAAUUUUAUCUUGUAAAUUAUCGUAUACAGUCCACUUACACCCCUCAUGUGGGGCUUAUUAUUAUUAUUAUUAUUGUGGAGGACAUAAGGGCUGAAUUUUUGUAAGCAUAAAUCUCUUGAUUGCUUGUCCUCAAAAGAAAGAUGUAAUAAUUAUAGUAACACAUUCAAUAGCUAAGAGAAUUUUGAACAUGUA